AUGGCGCCGCGGGCCCCGCUCCUGCGCCACCGCAGGGCCCAGCUGCUGCUCCUCAACUCGCUCACGUUCGGCCUCGAGGUGUGCCUGGCCGCCGGGAUCACCUACGUGCCGCCGCUGCUGCUCCAAGUGGGAGUGGAGGAGAAGUUCAUGACCAUGGUUCUGGGGAUAGGCCCCGUGCUCGGCCUGGUUUUCGUGCCGGUGAUCGGCUCUGCCAGCGACCACUGGCGCAGCCGCUACGGCCGCCGGCGGCCCUUCAUCUGGGCGCUGUGCCUGGGCGUCCUGCUGAGCCUCUUCGUCAUCCCGCACGCGCGCGGCCUCGCCGCCCUGCUCGCGCCCGGCGCGCGCCCGCUCCACAUCGCCCUCCUCAUCCUGGGCAUCGGCCUGCUGGAUUUCUGCGGGCAGGUGUGCUUCACGCCGCUGGAAGCGCUGCUCUCCGACCUCUUCCAGGAGCCAGACAACUGCCGCCAGGCCUUCUCCGUGUACGCCUUCAUGAUCAGCCUGGGCGGCUGCAUCGGGUACCUGCUGCCGGCCAUCGACUGGGACCGCAGCUUCCUCGGCCCGUUCCUGGGCGGCCAGGAGAGCUGCCUCUUCAGCCUGCUGGCCAUCAUCUUCCUCGCCUGCGUGCUGGCCACGCUCUUCGUGGCGGAGGAGGCGGCCGCGCAAGGGGACGUCGCGGCCGUCCCGGCGCCCAAGGACGCCGCGGCCAGGGCCCCCGCGGGCGCAUGCUGCCCGUGCCGGGCGCCGCAGGGCCGGCGCGCCGUGCAGGCGCUGCGAAACCUGUGCGCCCUCGCGCCGCGGCUGCACGGCCUCUGCUGCCGCGUGCCCCCCGUCAUCCGCCGCCUCUUCGUGGCCGAGCUCUGCAGCUGGAUGGCGCUCAUGACCUUCAUGCUCUUCUACACGGACUUCGUGGGCGAAGGGCUGUACCACGGCGUGCCCAGGGCCAAGCCGGGCACAGAAGCCAGGCGCCACUACGAUGAAGGUGUGCGCAUGGGGAGCCUGGGCCUCUUCCUGCAGUGCGUCACCUCCAUCUUCUUCUCGACAAUCAUGGACUGGCUGGUGAAGCAGUUCGGGACGCGGGCGGUCUACCUGGCCAGCGUGGUCUUCUUCCCCGUGGCCGCCGCCGUCAUGUGCCUCUCGCGCAGCGUCGCCGUCGUCACCGUCUCGGCGGCACUCACGGGCUUCACCUUCUCGGCGCUCCAGAUCCUGCCCUACACGCUGGCCUCCCUGUACCACCACGAGAAGCAGGUAUUUUUGCAUAAGUUCAAAAGCAAAGAGGAGGAAGACACAGCUCAGUCGGACAAGAAACCGCUCUUCUCUAAAGGCCUCCUCUCCAGCCAGAAGCUGCCUUUCCAGAACGGACACACCGGAGGCCUCUUCUCCUCUUCCUCUUCCUCGCCGCCCGCUCCAGCUGCCGGCUCGGCCCUGUGCGUCAGCUCCCCGUGCGAGGUCUCGCUCAUGAUGAUCGUGGGAGACCCAGACUCUGUUGCCCCCGGCCGAGGCAUCUGCCUGGACCUGGCCGUUCUGGACAGCGCUUUUCUCCUCUCUCAGGUUGUCCCGUCCCUCGUCAUGGGCUCCAUCGUGCAGUUCACGCAGUCAGUGACCGCCUACAUGGCGUCAGCCGCGGCCUUCGGCCUCGUCGCCAUCUACUUUGCAACCAAAGUUGUCUUUGACAAGAGUGACAUGGCCAAGUGCUCGGCGUGA